AUGAACUGCACUUGGCAUCAUCACGUGGACUUGUUUUUUUUCGCAGGAGACGCUCCAUCACAUGGAGACUUGACAGAGCGGUCAAAGGCAGCCCUCAAACGCCUUGCGGCGCGAGCACCAGUCAGUGCAAGUCAUGGCCCAGGAGUCAUCCUUCAAAGGCAUGGGGCCAAACUUCGCCGCCUUCACGAGCAUCAGCAGGAGGAAACGCUACUACUAGGAGCAGCAUGCUCAGAAGUCUUCACGGGUCCACGUCUCGCGAAAGUCCUGCGGCCAGCCUUUGACUGCCAGAAGCGUGUGAUUGAGCAAUUGGAGACGGAUGCGCCUUUUGAACCACUUGGCAUUCACACAAGCGCAGGCUUUCCGCCUGCCGUGACAGACUUUGUGGAGAUCCUGGAGGUUCACUUGCCUUGGCCUACCGAAGACGAUUGGUUUCUCAAUUUGCAGUUAGAGGGAGCCUCCGCUGUGUGGGCAGGAGUGGAGGCCUUGGCUGCCCUGCGAGCUCAAAAUCUUGUUCCUGCCAUUUCCAGAUGUGAGCUGCAGAACAAAGAUCCAUGCUACCUGGGGGUCGCCGAGCAGUCCUACCAUGGUGCACGGACCACAGGGCUUGGACAACCGGCGCUGCCACGGUGGACCAACGCUCCGCGCACCGAUGGUCAAAUACCAUACCCCCUACCACCCGCAGAGGCUGCGACAAGCGAAUCAGCCAAAAAGGCGUAUUUGAAGGAAUUUGAAGGCUUCCUCGCAGAGAACACAGAAAGAAUCGGCAUCUUCAUCUUUGAGCCUCAGUGGGGUUCCAGCUUACUGGGCAGAACUUGGCCCAAAGAUCUGCUCCAGAAAGUCAUUGAACUUUGCCACCGCUUUGAAAAGAGUGUCCUCUGUGAUGAGAUCAUGUGUGGGCUAGGCCGCCAUGGUCACGACAGCUUGUUCCUCAGUACAGCCUGGGGGCUUAACCCGGAUGCAGUUACAUUUGGGAAAGCUAUUGCAGCCGGAACAUUUCCGCUCUCGGGAGUCGCCGUCCGUCGUGGUGCAACCACCUUGCUGCGAUCUGGCCAGAAAAUUCUUCAAGGUCAUACAUAUGCAGGAUCUUCAGAGCUUGCAUAUCUCACUGCAACCCAAGUUCUGAAGGAAGUGCCAGCAUGGUUUCGAAAAGUAUCUGAGUUGGGCAUGCUGGUGCCAGAGAUUCUGGGUCCUUUGCAAGAAGAUGAGUUUCUCCGCCUGCAUGGCCACGGACUUCUGUGGGGUGUAGAGCUCUUGCCACCGAGAGGGGCAAAGGACCUGGAGCGCCUGAAGCAACUUUGCCACCAGGAAAAUGUUUGGCCUUACUUCGUUGAGGCUCCAAAAAAAGGAUUCAUGAUCAGCCCGGCCUUGGACAUCUCUGAGGCUCACCUCCGUGAGGGACUUAGACGACUCGCACGGGCUCUUCAAGCGCUCAAGAGCUGUCCCUAA